UAUUUGCAUUUUAUAUUUUUAUGUUUGCUUUUUUAAGCUACCUUCUAUAGUAAUAAGGUGCCAUGAUAUGUUAUCUAAUGUUUAUAAUGAAUACAGAGAAGAUAAGAAGUUAUAGCAUGUUUGAAUGAUACGGUUUAAUUUAUUUGUUAGUAUGUGGGGUGCAAUUGGCUCAUAAUUACCUAUUACUGUUUGUUUUAAAGUACCUACAACUAUGGUUGUUUUCAAGGCACGCGGUCUUAUGCCUCCAGUCUUCACUCCUCUCAAUGAAGAUCUUACAGUCAAUUAUGCAGUUAUCCAGCCUUACGCAGAAUGGUUGGCGACCAAUGGCAUUAAGUCUGUUUUGGUUGGUGGUACCACCGGAGAGCACAUGACACUAUCUGUGGCUGAAAGAAAGAAGAUUAUCGACGAAUGGGUUAAGGCAGGCAAGAAAACAGGUCUACAUAUUAUGGUCCAGGUGGGAGGGGCUCCUAUGGCUGAUGUUCAAGAUUUGGCUAAGUACUGCUCCAGAGUGGGCGUGGACUCGCUCCUAACUCUGCCUGAAUUAUACUUCAAGCCCAAAACCGUAGGAGAUUUGGUGGCAUAUGUGGCCGAGGUGGCCAAGUGUGCGUCAAACCUUCCUGUACUGUAUUACCAUAUCCCCAGCAUGAGUAAGGUGGAAAUCAAUAUGCCAGCAUUCGUGGCAGCAGCUACAGCCAAGAUUCCCAACUUCAAAGGCAUCAAAUUCACGUCUAAUGACCUGAGCGAAGGCGCCCAAGUAUUGAGGAACUUAAAGGAAGACCAAGAAAUGUUCCUAGGAGCUGAUACCUUAUUAGCGCCAGCUGCGCUUCUAGGAAUAAAGUCCAGUAUCGGAACCUCCUUCAAUUUGUUCCCAAAAUUGGCUCAAAGCAUUCUGGAUGCAGUUGAAAAGGGAGAUUUGGAGUCUGCGCGCCGAUUGCAAGAAAAACUAAGCUUGGCUAUAGAGGCGCAUUUGCCAGAAGGUGAAUGGGUUCCAAUUAUGAAGGCUGGUAUGCAUAUUGUGUCUGGGUUUGACAUGGGACCUCCGGCGUUACCGCAGCGACCCCUGUCGGCCGAAGCGAAACAGAGAAUAGACACGAGACUCAAGGGAAUUAUGGGCUAAAUAAAUUUAUUAC